GUUGCUCAUUAAUAUAAACUCAUAUGAAAUAAUACAAUGUUGGCAUUAAACAAAAAAUAGUUGAAAGGAACUCAUUUCUUUUUCAACAAAACAAAACAACAUUAGGUGAACACACUUUUAAUAAUCCUGUUUUAAGAUUUACAAUGAAAUGGAAAGUUAUAAUUUAUUCAAAUUCAUCAUUUUGUUGUUGCUGGUGAUGAUGAUGAUGAUGAUGAUGAUGAUGAUGAUGAUGAUGAUGAUGAUGAUGAUGAUGAUGAUGAUGAUGAUGAUGAUGAUGAUGAUGAUGAUGAUGAUGAUGAUGAUGAUGAUGAUGAUGAUGAUGAUGAUGAUGAUGAUGAUGAUGAUGAUGAUGAUGAUGAUGAUGAUGAUGAUGAUGAUGAUGAUGAUGAUGAUGAUGAUGAUGAUGAUGAUGAUGAUGAUGAUGAUGAUGAUGAUGAUGAUGAUGAUGAUGAUGAUGAUGAUGAUGAUGAUGAUGAUGAUGAUGAUGAUGAUGAUGAUGAUGAUGAUGAUGAUGAUGAUGAUGAUGAUGAUGAUGAUGAUGAUGAUGAUGAUGAUGAUGAUGAUGAUGAUGAUGAUGAUGAUGAUGAUGAUGAUGAUGAUGAUGAUGAUGAUGAUGAUGAUGAUGAUGAUGAUGAUGAUGAAAUUAAUCAAGAAGCAUUUCUAUAGAAAGAAAAUAAUAAAUUAA